AUGGAAGUGCCCGCGAGCGGCUCACAGGAGCCGGAGAAGAACGCGCCAAUCGAAGUGAACAACAUUAACAGGAUCAUCCUGAAUACCCUGUGCGCGGAAGGACUAAGGAAAAUAAAAUUCGUCCUGCAUGUGCUGAGGGAGCUGCUGCAAAAGAAAACGAACAUUUUGCAUGUGUACAUCACCAACGAUAUUGGCCACCUGUCCACGGAGAGCAGCCGGAAGAAAGUCUUCCAAACCCUGCAGGAAGGAAUCGAGCUGUGCGAAAACGAAAGCGACUACGACGCCGUAAAGACAAAAAUCGAGGAGUACAUCAACGCCCUCAGCGAGACGAACGAAAUUCUGUGCCAGAAUUCUCCCGCCGAUAGGAACUUGAAGGACAACCGAAACAAAAUAAUCGAAGAUGGCUCGCUGCUGCUGAAUAUAUUCCUCAAGAUGAAGAGGCUGAACUUCGCCUCCGUGGUGAAGGAGCUGGACGCCUUCAAGGAGGAGCAGAACCUGCUGCUGAACCUGCAAAACGUGCACGACGAACUCGUCGAGUAUUACCAAAAGGAGAGACGCAAAAGGAUGCAGAGGCUGGAAAAAAUAAAAAACGAAUUUAAAGACUCCCUUAGGGCAAUUCAGCUGAAGCGGGAACAAAUUGCCACCUACGACCAAGUGAACAAACAGCGGGAGGAAGAAGAAAAGGAGAAAAUGCGCCGAGAGAUCGACGAGCGGGAGCAUUUGAAGAAGCACAGCGAGUACAUCCUAUUUUUGCAGGACGUAGCCCGGAGUAAGAUUAAGGACUACGAAGAGAGGAGACGCAGGAAAAUGAGGAAAAACGCAGCGAAGAAAAAAAAAAAAUAG